AUGCCUGUUGACGUCUCUCCCAGGGACAGGGGAUCGCAGUGGGCCUGGCUUGAGAUGGGACAAUGCAAUAGCAAGAUAUCUGUGUUCUCAGAAUCUGACACCCCAGAGAGAAGCAGCAUGACGUCUGGAAGUUUAGUCAGAUACACAAGAAAACAAAAUAUUGGUAAGAAAUUGUCCCUGGACACUGGACAGAUGGCAUUUACCUUGGCCCAACUUGAGUCCUUGGAGAUUAGCCUGAAAGUAGCAGAAGAAAAGGCUAAAGCUUUAUCUGAACAGCUUUCAGUCGCUGAAGGAACAAAGUCAAAACUGCUUGAACAAGUAUCCCAGCUGGAGGAAAAACUGGAGGCUGUGAACCACAAGGAAGCCACUGAGGAACCAUAUGAAAAAUGCUUCUUGCAAAAGACCAGGUAUUGCAUCGAGAAAUUGCAAGCUGAAGUAAAAGCUUCCCAGGAGCAACUUACAGCUCAUAAACUAAAGCACAAAAAGAAAGUGAAAAAGCUACAAACUGAUUUGGCAACAGCUAAGCAAGAGGCUGCCAUCACAGUCCUGGAACUCGAUGAGAAGAUAAAGACUCUAUGUGAAGGAAAGCCAGCCCCUAGAGAAGACAGCUUGCUGGAAGAGAUCUGUGGAGGUCUCCUACCUGUGGAGAAAAGUGAUAGAAAAAUCAGCCUGAUUAUGGAACUGUCGACCCAGGUUUCCCUUCAGACCGAGAGGAUCACUCAGCUUCAAGAAAUUUUGGAGGAAAAGGAAAGGAAGAUUCAGCAGCUGGAAGCUGAGUGGAGUGCCCAACCUUCCCAAGAGGUCAAGGACCCUCCAGAGUGUUUACAAAAAGCCCCAGUUUUCUCUUUUGAUGACGUCCCUCUUGUGAUCUCUGAUGAGAAUUUGUAA